GAACGAAGAGUAAGGCCAGUGCAGCCUUCGUGGUUUUAGGAAAAGCCUCUACAAGACGAGAAAAGUCACAUAUUCGAUGUGUUUACUUAACAUAUUUUGCAAAGCUGGAUUGCCUAUUGUUGAUUUUAUAGUUUUCAGUUAAUUUUACUUUUUAUUUCGUUUUGCACAUGUUGAGCAGAUAUGCUACUAGUUUGUUAUUUAAAUGCAGUAAGCUGAAAUGAACGCUAUGUUCAAGGAGGACAUUUAUUUCCCAUCUUUACCGUAAACCCCGAACACAUCUGAAAAAGACAAGGCUACUUACUAGUUAGCUGGUUAGCGACUGCAUAAAGAUGCAACUAGCGCUAAGUAAAACGUUUGGUCAGAAGCCAGUUAAAUUUCAGUUAGAACAAGAUGGGGACUUUUACAUGGUUGGGUCGGAGGUUGGAAACUAUUUACGUAUGUUCAGGGGCUCUCUGUAUAAAAGAUAUCCAUCUUUAUGGAGGAGGCUAGCCUCAGUGGAGGAGAGGAAGAAAAUCGUAGCAUCAUCACAUGCCACUAGUGUUACUCUGCUGAAGGCAUCAGAAUGUGAAGAGAUCUUCGAGGGUAAUGAUGAGAAAUACAAGGCAGUGUCCAUCAGCACGGAGCCCCCACCUUACCUCAGCAAGCCCACCACCUGGCACAUCAGCUAUCCAAUAUCCCAGGAGCAGAAAGCAAAGAGGAGCAGUCAGUGGGUCCCCACACUGCCCAAUAGUUCUCACCAUCUAGAUGCUGUACCUUGCUCCACCACCAUCAACCGUAACAGAAUGGGCCGUGACAAGAAGAGGACCUUCCCUCUGUGCUUUGAUGACCAUGACCCUGCAGUGAUCCAUGAGAAUGCAGCCCAGGUAGAGGCUCUGGUUCCCAUUCGUCUAGACAUGGAGAUAGAUGGACAGAAACUGCGAGAUGCCUUCACAUGGAACAUGAAUGAGAAACUGAUGACCCCAGAGAUGUUUGCAGAGAUUUUGUGUGAUGACCUGGACCUGAAUCCUCUGGCCUUUGUCCCUGCGAUUGCCUCAGCCAUUCGUCAGCAGAUUGAGUCCUACCCCACUGACAGCAUACUAGAAGAGCAGGCAGACCAGAGAGUCAUCAUCAAGCUGAACAUUCACGUGGGGAACAUCUCUCUAGUGGACCAGUUUGAAUGGGACAUGUCGGAGAGGGAGAACUCCCCGGAGUCAUUUGCAUUGAAGCUGUGCUCUGAGCUGGGUCUGGGUGGAGAGUUUGUAACCACUAUCGCCUACAGCAUUCGUGGUCAGCUCAGCUGGCACCAGAGGACCUACGCCUUCAGUGAGAACCCACUCCCCACAGUAGAGAUUGCCAUUCGCAAUACAGGGGAGGCAGACCAGUGGUGCCCCCUGCUGGAGACCCUCACAGAUGCUGAAAUGGAGAAGAAGAUCCGAGACCAAGACAGGAACACAAGGCGUAUGAGGAGACUGGCCAACACUGCUCCGUCCUGGUAGAAAGAGACAUGAAGCUACAUUAGUUGACGUGUCCCCUGGAGUCUUUGGUUAUUCUUAAUCAAGUAAAUACACAGAGAGUUACACACAAACACACACACACACACACACACACACACACACACAGGUCAUUAAUGAAGCAUCUGGAUGUCCCUGUAAGCAUGAAAACAGGUGGGCUCAGUCUCAAUGGGCAUGUCACGGACUGAACGCCACACACAAAUCCAAUCGUUCCUCUGCACAUACAGUUUACCAUUAUCAUGUUUCACUAUGCUUUUAGGACAUCAGUCAUGGUAACAACUCAAAUCUAACCUUAGAUCAGUGUUUACUAGUUUUUGUCAUUGAAGGUUUAUCUGAUGUCUGUUAUAAGUUACUGUUACACACCACACCAGGCAACAUCCACACUACACAACAAAACAAAAUCCUUGGCAUUAUAGUACAAUGACUGAGUAUAAUGUAUCUGUAUGAAUGGUUAUAGAAAUGACACCAUGAGUUUGUGAUGUUACACUGUUCUGGACAGCAUCUGUAUAACAUCCCCAGUCUUGAUGACAACUCAAUUACAUUCUAGAGACUUGUAA